AUGUCGACACCCGUGGAAAGCAAGUCCAGAGUUUAUGCAGAUGUCAAUUCACACCGACCCCCAGAAUACUGGGAUUAUAAGUCACUUGUGAUGCAGUUUGGAGAUCAAGAUGACUACCAGCUAAUUAGAAAAUUAGGCCAGGGGAAAUACAGUAAUGUGUUUGAAGCUAUCAGUAGUACAAGUAACAAAAAAGUUAUCGUUAAAAUCCUCAAGCCAGUAAUGGAGUUGAAAAUCAAGCGCGAAAUUAAGAUUCUGCAGAAUUUACAAGGUGGUCCCAACAUCAUCAAAUUGGUAGAAGCUGUAAAAGACCCUCAGUCAGGAACCCCUGCCUUGGUUUUGGAACAUGUAAAUAACGGAGAUCACAAGCGAUUUUACCAGUUAACAGACUAUGAUAAUCGAUUUUACAUCUAUGAGAUUUUGAAAGCCUUGGAUUAUAGUCACAGCAUGGGCAUUAUGCACAGAGAUGUGAAGCCCCAUAAUGUUGUCAUUGAUCAUAAACACAAAAAGCUUCGGCUUAUAGACUGGGGACUAGCAGAAUUUUACCAUCCUGGACAACAGUAUAAUGCUCAAGUUGGUUCCCUAUACUUCAAAGGUCCUGAGCUUCUUGUAGACUAUCAGAUGUAUGAUUACAGUUUGGAUAUAUGGAGCUUAGGUUGUAUGCUAGCAAGCAUGAUCUUUCGCAAGGUGCCGUUUUUCCACGGAAGUGAUGAUUACGAUCAGUUGUUUAGGAUAGCCAAAGUUCUUGGGACAGAUGAUUUAUAUGACUAUAUUCAGAAAUACAACGUUGACCUAGAUCCGUGUUUAAGUGAACUGUUGGGCUCACAUCCCCGUAAGAGCUGGGAGUGCUUUAUAAACAAGAAAAACCAGCACCUUAUCAGUCUAGAGGCCUUAGAUUUACUGGACAAGCUGCUACGAUAUGACCAUCAAUCAAGGCUCACCGCUAGAGAGGCUAUGGAACAUCCCUACUUUUCUGACAUUGUGAAAGACCAGACUCAGAGACGAAGUUCAUCUAUCAAGCCCAGGAAACAUGUGUCCAACAGGACUAGACCAAGGAUUUCUUCAGUGCAAAACCCUUCACCCCUUGGACAUAUGGCAGGCUUAUCAGUCAUUGAUGCCCCCACCUCCCUUCAGAAGACUGAUCUAGCCAACACUCACAAAUAA